AUGGAAGGUGAAAACCAUGCAAGCUUCUUGGGAAGCUCCCUUAGUGUACCCUCUGUUCAGGAGUUGGCUAAGAAUCCUCUCGACUCUGUUCCAUCUCGCUACAUUCAGACCGAUGAUCAAGACCGUCUGAUCCUAUCCCAUGAUGAUGAUGAUGAUGAUCUUUCAAUCCCAAUCAUUGACUUAGGGAUGUUGAUGUCUGGAGAUGAUCAGGAUCAUGAGAUUGAGAUCAACAAGUUUGACUCAGCCUGUAAGGAAUGGGGUUUUUUCCAGGUUCUUAAUCAUGGGGUGAGUUUGAUGUUAAUGGAGAAAGUGAAGGAAGAAAUGGGAGAAUUCUUUAAGCUACCGAUGGAGGAAAAAAAGAAGUAUUGGCAGCAACCUGGAGGACUUGAAGGGUUUGGGCAGCAUUUUGUUGUAUCGGAUGGGCAAAAGCUUGAUUGGGGUGACAUGUUUUGGAUCAUCACAUCACCUAUUUUUCUCAGAAACCCUUCCUUAUUUCCUUCCCUACCACAAUCUUUCAGGGAAACUAUGGAAGUAUACUCGAAUGAAAUGAAUAAAAUAGCUACAAAACUAUUUGGGAAGAUGGCAAAAGCCUUAAAAAUUGAAGGUGGAGAUAUGGAUGAGAUGUUUGAAGGAGGGAUGCAGUCCAUGAGGAUGAAUUAUUACCCUCCCUGCCCUCAGCCGGAGUUAGCCAUUGGCUUGUCGCCUCACUCGGAUUCCACCGGACUUACCAUCCUUUUUCAGGCCAAUGAGACGGUUGGUUUGGAGAUUAUGAAAAAUAGCAAAUGGAUUUCUGUCAAACCUCUUCCGGGUACAUUCAUUGUUAACAUUGGCGAUAUUAUGGAGAUUGUGAGUAACGGGGCCUAUAGAAGCAUUUUGCAUAGAGCUAGGGUGAACUCGAGCAAGGAGAGGCUUUCGAUCGCAACUUUCCAUAACCCUAAUUUGGAGAAAGAAUUGGGACCUGCUCCAAGCCUAAUCACAACCGAAUCUCCAGCCUUAUUCAAGAAAGUUGGUGUUUCUGAUUACUUCAAAGAUAUGUUCUCUUACAAGCUUCAAGGGAAAUCAAACCUUGAUUUUAUGAGAAUUUGAAAAUAAUUAACCAUGAUUUGGUUAAUCCAAUUGGUUUGAUUAUAUAUAUACUGCAAUGGGAAAUGAUUUUAUAUGUAUUUUAAUAAUUAAGCUUGAUUUAUUGUCUUAAAUCAGCUCUCAGACUUGUUCGUAUGUUUUUAAUUAUUCCAUCCCUUAACAUUAUUUUUCACCCUGGCCAUAUUUUUAUUA